AUGGAAAGGGAUAGAGAUGGGGAAGAUUUGACACCAUUUUGGCUACAAAGAACCACCAGUCUCCGCCUCCGCCUCCGCCUCCGCCUCCGCCAACGUUUGUCAUCCAUCUUUUUCAGCUCUGGACUCGUGGUGGUACUUUUGCUGGUAGCAGCUGUUUUUUUCUUGGUUUUUGUAGUUUCAUCCACUCUCUCUUUCAGCGCUCAGAUCUUUAGACCAAACAAUGUUAAGAAAAGUUGGGAUUCUUUGAACAUAGUACUGGUCCUUGCUGCUGUAGUGUUUGGAUUUCUUAGCAGAAACAACAAUGGAGAUAGAUAUUAUGAAUAUCAAACUUCAUCCAUUAAACAAAAUGAAACCCAGAAAUCAAAUCCAUCAACCCCGUAUCAAUGGUAUAAUUAUUCUACAGAUGAAGCUCAGAAAUCCAAUGCAACUACUGCAAAUCAAUGGUAUGAUCAAUAUUUAGAUAAUGAAAAUAAGGUCUACAAAAGUUCCACCAUGAGGAGGACUAGUAGUUCUUACCCAAAUCUACACGAUUUUUCAUCAAAUUGGACAUAUGGAGAUGAUAGCCGACGAUUCUAUGAUGAUAUACAUGUCGAUACAUAUCACAAGCUUCAUCGCCGCGGCCGGAGCUUAGAAGAAAUUGAUCGAGAAAGAGAGCAGAAUACCAAGAAUAUUUAUGUUGAUACAGUGACUGCAAGGCGUCCCAAGGAAGUUUCGAAAACACUGCCACUUCCAGCGAUGCCGCCGGGGCCGCCAGCUCAGAAACAGGAUGUAGAAAAGCCAAAGAGAACAUAUGAAAGUGUUGGGCGUAAAAAGGAAAGAUCAAAAGUAGAGAGAAACUUGGAUCCCAGGAAACCCAUUGCGCUAACGAAUUCUCCUCCUCCUCCGCCGCCGCCGGUGUUGCAGCCUAAGAGCGGCAUAUGCGACAGAAACAAAGGUGGUGCGAUGGGCUUGAAUUCGCUUUAUCAUAAGACGAAGAAAAAGCAAAGACAAACUUGUGUUGAUAAUCUGGAUUCUCUUUUUCAUCAAACUCAAACUCCUGAGCUACAUUUCCAACUUCCAAAACGAUCGCCGCCACCACCUCCUUCAGUCUUUCACAAUAUAUUCUUAUCCAAGAAAUCCAAAGGAAAGGGACCCGUAAUAGUUACUUCACCAAAUCCAGCACCAAUCCCACCACCUCAACCUCUGCCGCCAAAAGCAGAACGUGAGCCCAAACUCAGUGCCCAAAUUGUACCAUUAACCACCCAAAAGCCUCCAGAACUCGUCGAGAUGAACAGCUUCGAAAACGCAGAUGAGAAUUCGAACAGCGGAGGUGAAUCACCACUGAUGACUAUGCCGCCUCCGCCGCCGUUCUUCUAA